UGCACAUUUUACGGGCUCUCACAGGCUAGUAUCUUCAAGCCGGAACUGGCUUCAAUAGAAUACCUGAGUGAAGGAAUUGGAUAAUGGUUAUUACUUGUUAUGGUUAACGUGGUCUUUUUGACAAGAGUUGCUAACUGAGUGUUUGGGAUGUAAUAUAUGUAGUGAGCAUUUGUGAUACGCAUUUGAUGCAUUUAAUGUAAAUGUACCAAUAUAAAUGUCAGCUUAGAAAUGAUCGACUUCAAAACUCUUUUCAAGAUUUCAAAAUAUGUUUGUUAACAGGUUUGAUAACACAGUUUAACAUUGCUAAAUUAGUCGAUAAUUGUGAUGUAUUUCACGGGAUAUAAAUAGAGGUUGACAAACUGAAUGGUAGCACCCCAAAACAAGGACGAACUUCAAGAUGAAUGCUAGUCAGGGAUCAUCUCCGGCUUACUCUAGCGGAUUAAUAACAUCAUACAAUGCGUCACAUUACUACUAUAGUGGGGACUACAAUACUUUCGAUACAUCGCUUUAUCUGUCAAAUUUAGAUGUUGAUUUAUACCUAGACCUGAGUCCACUGAACGUCGCGUUGAUCGUUUUGUACGGAUUUAUAUUCCUGAGCGGAUUAUUCGGAAACAUAAUUGUGAUCAUUUCGAUCAUUCGCUUCAAAAGUCUGAGGACAUUGACAAACUAUUUUCUGCUGAAUUUAACAAUUGGAGAUAUUUUAGUCAUCAUCGUGUGCAUUCCCCUAACGUUGGGUUCGACAAUUUACAAGAAGUGGGUUUAUGGUGAAGUGUUGUGCAAAUUAUUUCCCUUUCUACAAGGGACUGCCGUAUCAGUGUCAGUUCUCUCCCUUUUGUUUAUAACCGGAAGCAGAUAUGUUGCUAUUUAUAGACCGCUUGUGUCGAAACUAGUAUUUUCGAAACGAAAUGUUCGGAUAAUGAUAUUUUUCAUUUGGUGUGUUUCUUUUUCUGCUAUGCUACCUUUGUUGGUAGUUAAUAAAGUACGACAUGAAAUCGAACUUGAAAUAUUUGAAAGCAUUAUUUGCGAAGAAAAGUGGAACAGGUUAGACGAUAAAUUCAUAUUCACUGUGUUUAUAUUUAUAAUCUUGUUUGUUUGUCCAUUUAUUCUUAUGACAAUUUGCUAUAUUGUUAUUGGAUAUACGCUUUGGUACUCAAGAAAAUGUUUGGUGGAUGAAAGUUCAUGUCAAAAAAACAAGAAUCAAAUCAUCUUACGACAAAGACGACGGACUGUUAAAAUGCUCGUUUGCAUUUUAGUUACAUUUGGCAUAUGUUGGCUACCAUACUACGCUGUAAAUUUCUGGAUAGAUGCCAAUAUCGGCGAUGCAUCCAAAACGGAAAUGAUGUCAGCGGUGUAUACAUACAUGUUUCCUCUUGUAGUCUUAUUGGGACUAUCCAACUCAGCAGUGAAUCCGGUGUUUUAUUACAUACUGUGUCGUGGAUUUAGGCGAAGCUUCAAUACAAUAUUGUGCAGUGGCUUGCUCAAACGAGGGGAACAGCUGUUGAGACAAUCGAUGAAAGGAAAACACACAAUCAGUGAAAGUGUCGAUACAGCCCAGCUUUAGUGCAGUAUUGGUUAAAUGUAAUGGCAGAAUGGAGAUGAACAAAGUGUGAACAAAUGAAAAAGUAGAGAAGUAUUGAAUAUAUAACUUGUAAUGUAACAGUUGUAAGGUGUUAUUUAAAGAAGUGGUAAAAGGCUUACAGUGAAAGGUACAUAAAAAAAACAAAAAAAAAACAGAAAAUGUGUUGGACAAUGACUAAUAAGUCGAACAACAUGAAACUGAACGGGAACAUUGUGUUAUUGGUUAACAGAGUUCAAUGAAAUAAGUUCAAUAAUCAUAAAGUUUGAUCAUGUAAUACAAUUAAUUGUUAAAAUUAUACAAAUAUUGUUAAAAUGCAUUGUUAUGUUCUGUUAUAUUUUCUGCAAAACUAUAUUGAAAAGAUUAAAACAAAAAGCGUUU